AUGCUGGCGGCAUUGGCGCGCGAGGGGAUGGUGAGCGAGGCCCGGGAGAUUUACGAGAAGGACAUGGAAGAACACGACCUCGUCUCCGCCACUGCGAUGCUCAACGUCUAUGCCAGAGCCGGGCAUUUGCGGGACACUCAAAGUUUCUUCGAAUCCAUGCCCCAGCACAAUCUCAUCUCCUUUACAACAGUGCUACACGCAAUGGCAGAAAAUCGAAAACUGGAAGACAGCAUUAAAGUAUUUGAUCGAGCUCCAGAGCUUGACAUUUUCUGCUGGACGGCCAUAGUUUCUGCAAAUGCCGUUGAAGGGCAUUUGGACCAUGCCUGGAGUCUCUACCAUGCCAUGCCCUGUUGGAGCCAAGUGACGUGGAAUGCCAUGCUGGCUGGGCUCUGCCGAUGUGGCCAGGCCAGUGCCGCUAAAGCGUUUCUGGAUGGCCUGCCUGAAUGGGACACGGUGUCCUGCCUCGUCACCAUCACCGGGCUUGCCGCGUCUGGGCAUGUGCAGCAGGCCUGCCAGCUCUUCAAUGACGUGGCGGAGAGGGACGUAGUGUGCUGGAAUGCCAUGCUGUCGGCAUACUGCAGGCAUUGCCACCUGGAGCGGGCUCGGGCUUUCUUGGCGAUGAUGUGGCAGCGCGACACUGUGUCGUGGAACGCCAUGGUGGCAGCCCAUGCGCGUAAAGGCCAGGUGGAGGCAUCUAGGCAGCUCUUGCAAGACAUGGCCAUGGAGGGUGUAAGCCCCGACGAGACCACCUUCACCAACAUGCUCAUUGGAUUUAGCUACGCGGGAGAUGCUAGCCUGAGCUACUGGUGCUUUGGAUCCAUGGUUGUGGAUCACCAUCUACAACCAAGUAAACAGCACUACUCUUGCCUCCUGGAUGCCAUCGCUAGAGCUGGAGAUGUAGCGGCUGCUGAGAGUGUGAUCAAGGGCAUGCCAUCGGAGCCACAGCCUGUAGACUGGCUGUGCCUGCUGGGAAGCUCGAUGAGUCAGAUCAACCAGAUCCACAGCGGGGCUCGAGCAGCCCAACACGCUCUCACUCUGGAUCCUCUCAACGAAAUCACAUACCUCCACCUAGCAAAUGCGUGCCAUCGAUGGCCUUGA